AUGGAUCGGACAGCGGCAGAAGCAAGAGACCUCUCUGCAAGGCUCAAACACCUCGAUGGAGCGGCUCACGUCUUGGCCCUUGCCUCCCCGGAAACCUCGUCUUUUCUGGAAUCCCAAUACAGCCACCUCCUGGCAGAGAACGACCUUAAUCCGCCAGAGUCCCGGACGAGGGAGGUCUGCGGUGCUUGUGGCACCAUUCUCAUUCCCGGGAUUUUAUGCACGGUAACGCAGGAGCAGGCCCGGCCGCGCAAGCCCAAGGAGAAAGGCAGCAAGGUUCAGAAGCCCGAGCCAUCGGAGGCUGGCAAAUGCUACAAGAUGAAAACCUAUUCAUGCCUUCGCUGCUCGAGCAAAACACGGCUGCAGGUUCCAUCGAGCAAGACACGCAUGGGCGCGCGGAAGCCGGCGAAGGCUACAGCGGUGGCGAUGCCGCCCCUGACAACGGCAGCAUGCACACAGACUCAAGCUGUGGAAUCGGGUGCUGCAGUCCCAGCUGUGGCGCCGGCGAGCCCUGCGCCUGCGGCAGCCAAUGUCAGCAGUAAGAAAAGAGCGAAAGCGCGAAAAGGAGGCCUCCAGGCACUGCUUGCCAACAGCAAGAAGGAGACAAAACCGGCCAAUGGCUUUGGCCUUGAUCUGAUGGAUCUCAUGCGCAGCGACUGA